CAUGGAGUGGGUGAGAGGUCAAGCAAUCGGCCAUGGAAGCUUUGCAACUGUAAGUUUGGCAAAACCCACAACCCAGAGUUCAUCUUUACCGUCAUUAAUGGCGGUCAAAACAUGCGCUGUGUCUCAGUCUGCUUCGUUGAUGAGAGAGCGUAUGAUCUUGGAUGAACUCAAGGAUUGCCCUGGGAUUCUUAGGUGUUACGGAGACUGUUUCACAGUAGAAAACGGCCAAAAACUGUAUAAUGUCACAUUGGAGUAUGCUUCCGGCGGCUCCUUGGCUGAUAGAGUGAAGAACUCGGAGAAUUUAAGGUUGCCGGAAUCUGAUGUCCGACGGUACACCAAUUCGAUCUUACAAGGUAUUCACUUUAUUCACCGGAAUGGAUUUGUACAUUGUGAUAUCAAGCUUCAGAAUAUUCUGUUGUUCUGCGACGGUGGAAACGACAUCGUUAAGAUCGCCGAUUUCGGGUUAGCGAAGAAGUCAGCGGAGGAGUCAAACUCAAAGUCAAAGUACGAAUUACGGGGUACGCCAAUGUAUAUGGCGCCGGAGACAGUUACCGGAGGGAAGCAAGAAGCGGCGUCGGAUAUAUGGGCACUUGGAUGUUUGGUGUUGGAGAUGUUCACCGGAAAGCCAGCGUGGACGUGCUCCGACAUCGGACCGCUUUUGAUGAAAAUUGGCGUUGGCGCCGAAAUUCCAGACAUUCCCGGGAAAUUAUCAGAAGCGGGAAAAGAUUUCAUCAGAAAGUGUUUCGUGAAAGACCCGAAUCAAAGAUGGACGGCUGAGAUGCUUCUAAACCAUCCAUUCAUCGAGGGUCAGGAUCAAAUCCCAUCAACGUCUCCAAGAAACCCAUUUGAUUUUCCCGAUUGGGAAUCAGAGAAACCGCUUCCGGUGACACCAUUUUGCUCGCCGGUAUUUGAUUUUUGGAUUGGAGAAGAUGCAUGUAUCUCGCCGGAGAAUAGAUUACGGCAGCUGAUGACCGAUGAGGCAUCUGAUUGGUCGGUUGGAAACAGCUGGAUCUCAGUGAGAUGAGAUUAAGAAAUUGAAGUUUUAAUUGGUAAUGAGAUAUUGCAUCAAAGUGUAAAUAGUGCACAUGGUAGACAGGUGAUUUUUGAUAGUAUUAUGACGUCAUGAUUCUUUCACAUACAUAUUGGAAAUAUCAUUAGAUUG